AUGGUGGACGUGGGCUCGAAGCCGGUGACGGCGCGCGCCGCCGAGGCCGAGUGCCGGCUGCACGUGGGCGCGCGCCUGCUGCGGCUGCUGCGCGACGCGCGCCUGCCCAAGGGCGACGCGCUGACCGUGGCGCAGGUGGCGGGCGCGCUGGCCGCCAAGCGCACGGCCGAGCUCAUCCCGCUGUGCCACCCGCUGCCGCUGGACUGCGCGCGCGUGCGCGUGGAGCUGCCGGCGGGCGCGGGCGGCGCGCUGCGCGUGGCGUGCGAGGUGCGCGUGACGGCGCGCACGGGCGCGGAGAUGGAGGCGCUGACGGGCGCGGCGGUGGCGGCGCUGGCGCUCUACGACAUGUGCAAGUCGGUGGACCGCGACAUGCGCAUCACGGACCUGCGCGUGGUGCGCAAGUCGGGCGGCCGCAGCGGCGAGUGGCCGCCGCCCGCCGCCCCUGCGCCGCCCGCCGCCGCCGCCACCCCCGCCGAAUCUGACCCCGGUCCCGAGAUAUAUGCCCCAACCAAUUUUCCUCACCUUUAG